UGUGUCGGUUGUGAAACUGUGUGCGAAAGGAAAAUGCUGCCUAGACUCAAAUUACUGGUGCUGAUUUUGGUGUUGUGCAAAGCCGGUUCCUCCCGUGGGGAUGACUUUCCUUCGCUGAUUUCCGCAAAUGCAUCGAUUGCGGUGAUUUUGGAUCGGGACUACCUGGAUAAUCAGUACGAGGAAAUACUGGAAGGCACCAAACGGUUGUUCGAAAGGAUUCUACGCGACAACUUUAGAAAUGGUGGUCUCAUUGUGAAGUACUUUUCCUGGACCAGUAUCAAUCUGAGAAGAGAUUUCACAGCGGUGCUUUCCGUUUCAAAUUGCGAAAACACCUGGGAUGUGUACGGGAAUUCGGUCAAGGAAAACUUGGUCAUCAUGAGUAUUACGGAUUCCGAUUGUUUACGGUUGCCGCAGAACAAUGCGAUCAUGAUUCCGAAAACGAUUCCAUCGACCGGCUCUUUUGAGGAGCUUCCGCAGGUGAUUAUGGAUAUGAAAGCCAUGAAGGCAUUCGACUGGAAGUCUGCCAUUUUGCUGUACGAUGACAGCUUUGAUCGUGACAUCAUAGCCCACAGUGUACUCGCCCUAUCUAAGGAAUCCAAAGAUGUCAAGCCCCUUUCGUUGUCGCUGUUCCGGAUCGAGACUCACACCCACAUGUGGGAGAGGCGCAAGGCAAUCCGCAAGGUCCUGGUUGAUCUACCUACCAGAUACAUUGGAACCAACUUCAUAGCAAUUGUCACAACACAUACCAUGGAAUUGAUCAUGGAGAUCGCUAAGGAACUGCAAAUGGUGAACCCCUUGUCCCAGUGGCUGUACAUCGUAUCGGAUACCUCAGCCGAGAAGAACAACAUCUCCGGAGUGCACCCAAUCAUCUCCGAGGGGGACAACAUUGCGUUCGUCUACAAUCUCCGGAGAAAUGCUCAGUCCUGCGAGUCGCACAUUCUUUGCUACGUGGAGAAUAUGGUCACUUCGUUGGUGCAUGGACUGUCGAAGCUGAUUCGGGAGGAGAAAGCUGUCUACGGGCAGAUUGCCGAUGAAGAGUGGGAAGUAAUCCGGAUGACCAAGGCCGAACGGAAGGAUGAGAUACUGAAGAUCAUGAGAAGUGACCUCAUCGGAAAGGACAGCUGCAACGAAUGCUCCAUGUGGAAGGUUGAAGCUGGCGAAACCUGGGGCUACACGUAUCAGUCUUCUGCUGAUGAACUACUGGCGGAGGCCGUGAGUAUUCACAAGCGGAAGAUCUCCCUGCUGGACGUUGGCUACUGGACCCCACAGGAUGGUAUCGUAAUGCAGGAUUUUCUCUUUCCUCACGUGGCAAAUGGAUUCCGAGGAAUUCAUUUGAAUUUCUACAGCUAUCAUAACCCACCGUGGCAGUUUGUGUCCUACAAUGAGAGUGGCCAUCUUGUUCUGUCCCGCGGAGUAGUGAUGGACAUUCUAACCGAGCUGUCGAGCAAGUUGAACUUUACGUUUACGGUCAUGAUCGCCCAGACCAAUUUGGAUUACGUUUUGAAUGGAACCGAGGAUGCUAACAAUACGAUUGGCAGAGACGUUCAUUCGAUGACGACCGAUAUUCCUUCGGAGAUCUUGAGAUCACUCAUUGAUAAUAAGAUUCUUUUGGCAGCCAUUGGUGCAAGCGUAAGUCCUAAGCAGAAGAAGUACAUCAACUUUACUACACCCAUCAGCAUUCAAACGUAUAGCUUUAUCGUAUCGCGGCCGAAGGAAUUGAGUCGAGUCUUUCUAUUUCUAUCACCAUUUACUGUUGACACCUGGUUAUGCUUAACAGCAACGGUAAUUCUCAUGGGACCUUUCCUGUACGUGGUAAAUCGGUUGAGUCCGUUCUACGAGCAUCAUGGAAGAUCCAAUACAAUCGGAUUGGGCAAGCUAUACAACUGCUUCUGGUAUAUUUACGGAGCUCUUUUGCAGCAAGGUGGUUUGUAUCUCCCCUACGCUGACAGCGGUCGCAUCAUCAUCGGAACUUGGUGGUUAGUCGUUCUCGUAAUUGUCACAACUUACUGUGGAAAUCUGGUUGCCUUUCUAACCUUCCCCAAGAUUGCCAUCCCCAUUACCACAAUUAACCAUUUGAUCCGGAAUCAGCAGGGUGUUUCGUGGAGCAUCCGUAGGGGAACUUUUCUGGAACAGUUCCUUCAGGAAACGGAUGACCCGAAGUACGUCAAGCUACACAAUUACGCCGCGUACGUCAGCGAGGAAUCGGAACAGAUGGUGGAUAAGAUCCGUUCCGGCCAUCACGUGCACAUCGAUUGGAGAACCAACUUGAAGUAUCUGAUGAAGAAGGAGUUUCUGAAGAGCGAUCGUUGCGAUUUUGUCCUGAGCAUGGAUGAAUUUCUGGACGAACAGAUUGCACUGGCCAUGCCGAAAAACAGUCCCUAUUUGGAUGUGAUCAACGAGGAGUUAAUCAAGAUGCACCAGUUUGGGUUCAUUCAGCGGUGGCUGUCGAGCUACAUGCCGAGUGAGGACAAGUGCUCGAGUGCUAGAAGAAGCACCGAGGUGGAGAACCAUACGGUGAACAACGACGAUAUGGCUGGCUCGUACUAUGUGCUGUUGAUUGGGUUUUCCCUGGGGAUGUUUAUGUUUGUGGUGGAGUAUGGGUGGCGUUGGUAUAAGCGAUCGAAGGAACAGACUUUGCAACCGUUCACCAAUUGAGAGGAUCAGAAGGAUGGGAUGUGCAGGGUGAGAAUGGGAAAAUAUUUAAAGUUGACUGUCAUCUUGAUAGUGGUAGUGCUUUACUGUAAAACGAUUGUAGUAGCGAUGUUGUAGGAGGUUCUAGAAAAUUCAUGAAUGGUCAUCACGUGUCACGCAUAAAAGUCGAAAUUGACAGCUUUCAAAGUUAGGCUAUAAGAUAGUCUUACCCCGUUCAUAGCGAAACCGAAGGUGGUUUAAAUCAAGAAAGUGAAAACUCAGUUAACCAGUCCAUUAGACCCAGCCGGGCAAAGCAAGCAAGUAGGGUGCAUUAACAUUGUGAAUGCGUCAGCAGCGGUUGGGAAAGUGAACGACGAAAAUAGUCGGAAUGAUAUUCACCUAGCACUCACUGGGAGAUUCUGUCACCUGUUGAGCAAUAGCGGAAUACGUCAUUCUGUGACGCCCUGCGUAAUACCGGCCGGUCGGAGCUGGAGAUUUCCCAUGCGACCGGGUGUCGUUGUGACGAUGACAUAAUUGGUGGAGGAUCUUCAUAGUAUUUGAGAACGAAUGGUAGACAACCGUUAGGGACAGCUGAUGGCAACACCCACUCCAGGAAAGUGUAGAUGCACAAUUAAAAUUAUUUUCUAAUCGAAAAGGCAAGCAUGCACAAUUAUAGCUCGCUGAAUUUGACGUCAGUUGCAUCAGACGAGCUCCACCGUUAUGUUUUGCUGUGUGGAAAUGAAUCAAUUUACAUACAUUUUGUGAAUUGCUAAAGUUGUCCUCAAAGUAAGACGUCAUCACGUGUCACGUUAAACUACCGCAACAUUUUUCUUAAACUCAUAGUCAUCCACCCAAACUCAGGUCGAGUAACGAUUAUCGGUCGUAACCUAGUCAAUAGUCAGCUCCAAGAAAAACGCAAAACUAUCCCAAGGACACUUACUGAAAUCUC